CUCUCUCUUCUCUCUGACUUCUCCGCCGAUUUUUUUUUUUUUUUUGUUCUUUCAAAACUCUUGAGGGUCUUCUUUGGCUGUCUCUCGAAUCUCUACUUCGUCCAAACCGCCGACUUGGUUCCCAUAAAUCUAGUCUCUCUCUUCAUCUUCUUCUUCAUCUGUUCAUCAACCAAUCUCUCUCUCUCUCUCUCUCUCUCUCUCUCUCUCUCUCUCUCUCUCUCUCUCAUGCGCCUUCUGUAAAUAACUAGAGAACAGAGAAACAGGGCGUCAUCAUCAUCAUCAUCCAUGGGUGCCAACAAGUUCGCAACCAUGUUGCACAGAAACACUCAUAGGAUCACAGUAGUUCUCGUCUAUGCAGUCCUUGAAUGGAUUCUGAUAAUUCUCCUCCUCCUUAACUCUUUGUUCUCCUAUCUGAUUUCAAAAUUCGCUGAUUUCUUUGGCCUUAAAUCGCCGUGCCUUUGGUGUUCAAGACUUGAUCAUGUGUUCGAGCCCGGAAAGAACAGGGUUUCUUACAGAGAUCUUGUUUGUGAAAUCCAUGCCUCUGAGAUUUCCAAAUUGGGUUACUGUAGCAAACAUGACAAGUUGGUCGAUGCGCAGGAUAUGUGUGAGGAUUGCUCGUCCUCUCGGCCUGAUUCUCAUGGUAAGACAUUGGAUAUUGGGAGAAGGAUCGCUCUGUUUUCUUGGGUGAAACAGAAGAGCAUGAUCUCCCGUAAUGGGGAGAAACUGAUUGAGAACGGCGAGAAGAACCCUACAUGUUCAUGCUGCGAUGUGAGCUUGGAAAGCAAAUUUUACUCUCCUUAUUUGCUGCUCAAGCCUUCCUGGGGUGUUCUGGAUUAUGCCCAGAAAGCAAAUUUGAUUACUACGGCCAUUGAUGCGGACAACGAUGGAGGUGAUUACUCCGAUCCCUGCAAAUCUGAUUGCCCCACAGAUGAACAGGAGAUGGAAAGCAAAAGAGGAGUUGAUGGAGAAGAAGAUGGUUUUGAUGAUGGUGUUACGGAAGAUGAACAUCCUAUUCCCUUUGAUGUCGAUGAAGGUGUUCAAAGCAGAGAUGAAGCAGAGGAGGACUGCUCCCAAUGCGGAGAAAUGGUUGGGGAUGAAGAAGAGAAAAUUAAUACUGUUGAGAUGACUAAACAAGAGCCCAUCGACGAGAUUGAAUCAGAGGCCAAAAUUGAAGUUUGUUCCAGAACAGAUGCAUCUGUUGAAAUUCUUCCUCUGCCUUUGGAGAAUCCUGGUGAUGUGGAUGAUCAUCGCCUUCUCCCCGUCGAAUCCAGUUGCAGAAAGGAAGAUCAGAACAAGCCUGCGAAUCGGGAUGUAGUGAUGGGUUCUGAAUCACUCACUGAUACCCAAUUUAAAUUCAUUGCCACACAAUUUGAUUUCAUACUCGAGAGGGGUAAUCUUUCAGAACGGGCAGUAGCAGUGGCUUCAGGAGAUAAGAACGCAGUGUCCACAAAGCUUGAAUCCAUGGAUUCAGUUUUACAUGUUGAGAAGUGCAAAGACAGCGAUGAUUUUGAAGUGGCAGCAGGGAAGGAAUCAGACAAUCGUCCUGCAUCAGAAGCUGUUUCUGAAAUUCUGGGAGAUCAUAUCAGAUCAAGGAUCUUGGAAGUGACAGAGGAACCAUUUGAUAUGUCUCAAGAUCUUGAGUUUGUUCCUUCAUUUUCAUGUCUAGAGCAAAAUCAAUACUUCGAGAAUCAUGAUGGUGCUAAAAAUUCUAAUCAUUGCGAUACUUUGAUGGUAGAAAGGAAUCAAGGUCCUAAGCAAGCUGCUGAGGAUGCAACCAUGGAAGACAGAAGCACAUCCUUUGAUAGGGAUGAACAGAAAAUAAACCAUCAUUUAUCCUUAUGUUCAGAAAUCAAUGAAGUUGAUGAAGAGAAAGCCCCUGAAACACCCACUUACAUAGAAGGUCUCCACAACCUACAUAAGAAGAUAGUGCUGCAAGAGAAAAAGGAAUUUGGAGCCGAAGAGUCUCUGGAUGGAAGUGAGUUUGAAGGUGGAGAUGGGGUUCUGACUAUUGAAAGCGUAAAAUCAGCUCUGAGCGCAGAACGCAAGGCUCUCAAUGCUCUGUAUGCCGAACUAGAAGAAGAGAGGAGUGCCUCUGCAAUAGCCGCUAACCAAACAAUGGCUAUGAUAACCAGGCUUCAAGAAGAGAAAGCUGCAAUGCAGAUGGAAGCACUGCAAUAUCAAAGGAUGAUGGAAGAACAGUCUGAAUAUGACCAAGAAGCUCUGCAGCUCCUGAAUGAGCUCAUGGUUAAGAGGGAGAAGGAGAAGCAAGAGCUAGAGAAAGAGUUGGAAAUAUAUCGCAAGAAGGUCCUUGAUUACGAGACUAGAGAGAAGAGGGUGAUGAGAGGAAGGAAGGACAGUAAUGGGAGGAGCAGAACUUCGUCUGCUUAUUCUAGUAAUGCAGAGGACAGCGAUGAGCUAUCUAUUGAUCUUAAUCAUGAAGUCAGGGAUGAAAAUGGCUUCUAUAGCCACCAAGAAAGUCGCAACAGCAAUCACUACACUCCUCCUGAUACAGUUCUAGAUUUGGAAGAUGUGGGGCUAGAGUGUGCAAAGCAUUUAACGACGCUUAAUGAUUCACUGGGUGACUUCGAAGAAGAAAGGCUUUCAAUUCUAGAGCAGCUCAAGGUGCUGGAGGAGAAGCUUUUCACAUUGGAUGAUGACGAAGAACAGUUCUUUGAGGACAUCAAACCAAUGGGACAUGUUCCAGAACAGAACGGGAAGGAAUUGAAUGAGGAUAUAGCCCUGUGCCAUCAAGAAGUAAAUGGUGUUGCAAAUGGUUUCUCUGAGGACUCGGACAUCAACCAUCAUAAAGAGAGAAGAAACAUCAGUGCUAAGGGAAAGAGCCUCCUUCCUCUUUUUGAUUUAAUUGGUACAGAAAAUGGAGAUGUUGUAGUGAAUGAAGAAAUAGCAGGGUUUAAUGGUGUUCUCUCACAAGACUCUCUGGUUUCCAAUUUCACACAGGAGAACAGGAGGUCUGCUAUUGAAGAGGGGGUGGAUAAUCUCUAUGAGAGGCUACAUGCUCUCGAGGCGGAUAGGGAGUUCUUGAAGCAUUGUAUAAUCUCCUUGAAGAAAGGAGACAAGGGAAUGGAUCUUCUCCAGGAGAUUCUACAACACCUUCGCGAUCUAAGGUCUGUGGAGCUGCGUGCGAAGAAUAUGGGUGAUGGAGCUCUAGCAUAAGAUCUAUUAAAUCAAUGCACACGAGGAAUUAAUGGAACAAUUUCUUGGAGUCGAUCAAUUACAGUCCGGAUUCAAGUGAACGAAGCACUUGGCGCACGGCGAUCAUACAAGACUAGACACAAUGAAUUUGGGGUCUUUUACAUUAGUAUGGGAAGUUCCCCUUGAAGGAAGGGAGGCUUCUGAUAUGGUUGAUUUGGUGAUGUUAGUCUACAAGGAGCAGAGACAGGGAGUGAAGUCUUCCUCCUUUUUCUUUUUCUUUUGGUGUCCAAGUAAGCCCUAGUUUUUGUGGGUUGUACCCAUCAACACCUUUUACAGGGAAAGGUAGAAGAUGGGGGAGGCAGGGAGGUGAGUGUGUGUCUGUUUAGGUCAGUCAGGUCAGGCCACCCUGUCAUUGUUAGUGUGAGAAAUCCUGGCUUUCAAAAGUUUGAGAGAUCCAACCAAGAUUCUGGUGCCAGGUGAGUUGCAUUAGUCUUAUAUAAAGAUAGGACUAGUACAGGUUUUUUCUUUCCAAAUUUUUUAUUGUUUUGUAGAAGGGAGAGAGAUGUUAACUCUUUCUUUCCCACAUAUUUGCAUCAUUCUUAGCAUAUGGGUUUUUGGCUUUUUGAUGGUCUUAGUUGGAUUUAUUUGUAAAAUAUAUGUAUCCAUGUGUAUGUAUAUGAGUGCUGCGGCUGGUUUAAUUUGCA